AUGAAACUCGGAAUACUUAAUGGCAUUAUUGACUUUUUAGUUCACGAAGCAAAAGAAAUGUUUGACUCUACAGAGAAAAUCCAAAAUCUUCAAAAAGAGCUAAACGAAAUUCAAAAACAAAAAUUAAAAAGUGACAACGAAAUAAAAUUACUUCAAUCUCAACUCAAACAAAUUGAUGAAAAUAACGCUCAGAAAAUCAAUCAGAUUAAACAACAAAACAGUAAAGAGAAUGAAAUUUUAUCAAAAAUUUCAGAACUUAAAAAAUCAGGUGAUUUCGUAAGUAUAUACAAAUUCCUUGAUGAACUUUCAUCUCAAGGAAAUCAAAAUAUGAUUUCUAAAGCAUGCGAAGAAGGACUUUGGACAAAGAAAUUCAAAAAAUCUGAAUUUGAUGAUGAAAUGAAUGUCCUUCUUGUCGCAAGUGAAAUAGGGAAUUUAAAACUUGUUAAAUCUCUGAUAGAAUGCGGUUGUGAUAAAGAAACAAAAAGUGGAUGGGAUAAUACUCCACUCAUUUACGCAUCAAUAAAAGGUCAUCUUGAAGUUGUUAAAUAUCUUAUCUCUGUUGGAGCUAAUAAAGAAGCAAAGAAUAAUGAUGGAAUUACUCCACUCAUUUAUGCAUCAUCUAAUGGUAAUCUUGAAGUUGUUAAAUAUCUUAUCUCUAUUGGAGCUAAUAAAGAUGCAAAGAACAAUCUUGGAUAUUCUCCACUCAUUUGGGCAUCAAUAUUUGGCCAUCUUGAAAUUGUUCAAUAUCUUAUCUCUGUUGGAGCUAAGAAAGAAAUAAAGAAUAAUGAUGGAUCCACUCCACUCAUUUACGCAUCAACCAGAGGCCAUCUUGAUGUUGUUAAAUAUCUUAUCUCUGUUGGAGCUAAUAAAGAAGCAAAGGAUAAAAAUGGAUCCACUCCACUCAUUAUAGCCUCAAAAGAAGGUCGUCUUGAAAUUGUUCAAUAUCUUAUCUCUAAUGGAGCUGAUAAAAAAGCAAAGGAUAAUAAUGAAAAUACUCCACUCAUUAUAGCCUCAUCACGUGGUCAUCUUGAAAUUGUUCAAUAUCUUAUCUCUAAUGGAGCUGAUAAAAAAGCAAAAAAUAAUAAUGGAGAUACUCCACUCAUUAUAGCCUCAUCACGUGGUCAUCUUGAAAUUGUUCAAUAUCUUAUCUCUAAUGGAGCUGAUAAAAAAGCAAAAAAUAAUAAUGGAGAUACUCCACUCAUUAGAGCAUCACUAUGGGGUCAUCUUGAAGUUGUUCAAUAUCUUAUCUCUAUUGGAGCUGAUAAAAAAGCAAAGAAUAAAAAUGGAUAUACUCCACUCUCUGUCGCAACAGGCAAUGUAAAACGCUAUCUAGAGUCCGUAGGUGCUAAGUAA